UUAAGACACUUCAUUAUGGCCAUCUUGCGUCCCCGCGUGUGUGCGUCUAAUCUCAGCUGGUCUUCCAGAGACCCCCUGAGCGCCAAUCCUAGUCCCCCGUGCUGCCCCAUAUCCGCUCCGACAAGAUGAAAGAAACGAUCAUGAACCAAGAAAAACUCGCCAAACUGCAGGCACAAGUGCGCAUUGGUGGGAAAGGAACUGCCCGCAGAAAGAAGAAGGUGGUUCAUAGAACAGCCACAGCAGAUGAUAAAAAACUUCAGUUCUCAUUAAAGAAAUUAGGGGUAAACAAUAUCUCUGGUAUUGAAGAGGUGAAUAUGUUUACAAACCAAGGAACAGUUAUCCACUUCAACAACCCAAAAGUUCAGGCAUCUCUGGCAGCAAACACUUUCACCAUUACAGGCCAUGCUGAGACGAAACAGCUGACAGAAAUGCUACCCAGCAUCUUGAACCAGCUUGGUGCAGACAGUCUCACUAGUUUAAGGAGACUGGCUGAAGCUCUGCCCAAACAAUCUGUGGAUGGAAAAGCACCACUUGCUACUGGAGAGGAUGAUGAUGAUGAAGUUCCAGAUCUUGUGGAGAAUUUUGAUGAGGCUUCUAAGAAUGAGGCAAACUGAUCUGAGUCAGCUUCUGAAAAAGAUAACGUCUUGGAAGACGUUACUGGGAGCUGCUAUUUUAUAUUAUGACUGCUUUUAAAAAUUGUUUUUGUUUAUGGAUCUGAUAAAAUCUAGAUCUCUAAUAUUUUUUAAGCCCAAGCCCCUUGGACACUGCAGCUCUUUUCAGUUUUUGCUUACAUACAAUUUAUUCUUUGCAGCCAGUUAAGCUGAAGAAGCCUGGGAAUAAAGUUUGAAACAGAUUAAUAAAAAAAAAAAAAAAAGACACUU